UAGAAAAGGUACGAGAAAUGAAGCCAGGCAAAAGAAAUGCCAUGCCACUAACCGUUUUACUUUCAUACAUCUAUUAUUCCAAAUAUUCAAACAAACCAAAAAUGUCAUCACCAAAUAGGCAAAAAUAUAACAAUAAAUGUUUGGACAAUCCAUUCAAGUUUGGAGUUUACCUCAGUUUAGAUCCCAAAAAUAUUUUCCAAAAAUAUACAAACGAAAAUUUGAAAAUGGAGCCAGCUGCCAGCUUCGAAAACCCACCCAAAUCUCAGGCUUUGGGCCAGUUGGAGAACGGCCCGUUCUACAAGACUAUCUAUGACUUUUUGAGCCAGCUAUCGAUGGCGUCGGACCUGGGCUCGCUCAUCGGCUGCGUAGUGCUCUUCCUGAUCAUGUGGUAUAUUAUAAUUUGGUUGUUGCGGCUGGUGCUCUCGCUGUUCUGCGCGGCCGUCAUUGUGGUCCUUGUCGUGGCCAUUUUUCGCUCUGAAGUCGCAUCCAAAGAUGUGGUAGUUAUGCUACACCAGGCGACAUUGGUGAUUGCUAAAAUGAUUGCAGGCACCUUAGUCUAUGCUUUGAGGAAAUUUUCCAAUUAAUCCAGUUUACAG